UUUCUAUUACAACUUUUUUUCGUGAAUAUUUAAUUGGUAUAGAGAUCGUAUUUCGAACAAUAUUUGUAGGUAGCUCGACGAUUUAACACAAACGUUCGAACAAUGUUCGUCUUAAUAAUUUUUGUGUGUUUUUCUUUGAUCAUCUCAUCCAAUUCUGAGUCAAAUGGUGUGGAUCUGAAAAAUUUCACAAGAGACACCAAUGUCACCGAUCUAUGGGAAUUGUAUAAGACAAACUACAAGAAAGAGUACGAUUCCGACGAAGAAACAGCUAAGAGAUUCGAAAUUUUUGCAGCCAAUGUUAAAAAAAUAAUCGAUCACAAUGAAGAGUAUGAAAAGGGUCAGUCAACGUACAAAAUGGGUCUGAACAAGUUUGCCGAUUAUACACCUGAAGAAUUGCAAGAACUUCGGCAUUUCUCACUUAUGGGCUAAUUGAGUAUUUUGUCACAAUAAAAUGAUUGAUUGUAAAAUGUUGAUCAAAUUGUUUCUUACCUGUUAUUUGAACUUAUCAAAAGACGUU